AUGAAGUUUGUUGCAUUGGUGUCUGGUGGAAAGGACUCCUGCUUUAAUAUCCUCCAUUGUUUGGCUCAAGGCCACCAAUUGGUAGCGUUGGCGAACCUAUAUCCCUCGCAGGAAGGUGUUGAAGAGAUAGACAGCUUUAUGUUUCAAACUGUUGGUCACAAUAUUCUCAAUUUGUAUGAAGAAUGUACAAAUGUCCCUCUUUACAGGAUACCCAUCAGGGGAUUCAACAAGAAUUCAAGUUUGCAGUACAGUAAAACAGACAAUGACGAAACAGAAGAUUUAUUUGGCUUGCUCAGUUUGGUCUUGAAAAACCAUCCUGAUGUUCAAGCUGUUAGCUCUGGUGCAAUUCUCUCUUCGUACCAAAGAAUAAGAGUUGAGGACUGCUGCACUAGAUUAAGUCUAAUAUCUCUAGCCUAUCUAUGGAAUAGAGAUCAAUAUAACUUGAUGAAUGAAAUGCAAUCAAUUUCCGAUUCUUUUGACGCACGAAUCUUAAAAGUCGCUGCCAUUGGAUUAAAUCAAAAUCAUUUGGGUUUACCAUUGAACAAAAUGUUUCCUAAACUAAUCGAUUUAAAUCGGAAGUUCGAGGUUCACAUCUGUGGUGAAGGUGGUGAAUUUGAAACAAUUGUUUUGGAUACUCCAUUUUUCAAAGAUAAAAAAAUCAUAAUUCAGAACCAAGAAAUUAUCAAGCAUUCCAACGAUGAUGUGUAUUAUCUCCUAUUAGAUGUAAAAACUCAAGAUAAAAAAAUUGACUAUGAUAUUAAACACAAACCUAUUGAUUAUAACUUGGAUUAUUGGAGAAGCUUCAUAACGAUACCAAACCUAUUUAAACCAAAAUUCUAUGAUAUAUUUAAAGAUUUAUGUAAUCUUCCAAACAAUGAGUUGGAUGACAAUUUAAUUCAAAAUCUCAAUACUGAUAGUGAGAUUCUCCCUUAUGAUUAUAAUUUUGAAUAUAAACUAUUACAUAUUGGAAACAAAUUAUUUAUAUCAAAUUUAACUUCAAAUAAACCAUCAUUAAUUGAUCAAACAAAUGAAAUUUUUCAAAAUUUAUUAUCAAUUUUGUCACAAAGAAAUUUAUCCACAGAAAAUAUAGUUUCAACUACUUUAUUACUAAACUCAAUGAAUAAUUUUCAAAAAAUUAAUUCAAUUUACCAAAGUUUUUUCUUAAAACCCUUGCCACCAGCAAGAGUUUGUAUUGAGACAAAUUUGCCUAAAAGCAAUGAGCUAAUGUUAUCCUGUGUUAUUCUAUCAGAUUUGAAUAAAAAAUUGGGAUUACAUAUUCAGAGUAGAAGUUAUUGGGCACCACAAAAUAUUGGGCCAUAUUCUCAGUCAAACUAUGAUAAUGAGAAUUAUAUCGCAACUUUAGCUGGUCAAAUUCCUUUAAUUCCAAGUAUUAUGGAACUACCAACAGUUGAUAAUUUAAAUGAGCUGGAUAUUAAUAGUAAUAGUGAUAAUACCAGUAGAAAAUCUCUCGAUAAUGAUGAUAUUAACAGGAUAUCAACGGUUCUAUCCUUACAACAUUUAGAUAAUGUUAUAAAUGCUAUUAAUUAUAAAAUUUUUGCUAAUGUCGUUUGUUAUACAAAUAAUGGAAAUACAUUUUUAAGAUUAAUUAUAAACACAUGGAAAAGUUAUGUUGCAAAAACCACCACUCAGAUGCAGAAUAAAACAACAACAGAUCUACUUAAGAGGCUAUUAGUCGUUGAAGUUAGUCUGUUGCCAAAGGAUUCUUGUGUUGAAUGGGGAGGGUUAAGUUUUCAAGAAUAUAUU